AACAACGUGUUCUAGCCUCAACUAAUCAACAUAGUUUACGAAUGCAACGCUGCAACGAUCAGUCAAAUAUUUCUGGAUUGUGCUGUGAUAUGAGUGUGGUGAAAUCGAAACUCGAUUUUCAACGAUCAUCGAGCUGAUCAGGCUGUCGUCACUUUAAAACUUCAUUAACAACACUGGUUCUAUAUCGAUUUAAUUCUAACCGAGUAGAAGUCUUUAUGUGGCUGUGUGCGAGACGGCGAAGGUCACCUCUAGUGUCGAAAUGUGGAAUUACGCUUGGCGUAAAGAUUUGUGUUGUUUUGAGUAUUUUUAUUAUGUAUCAUCUGCUACAUCAUGUUGAAGACAGCCAAACUUCAGCUGGUAUCAUACAAAAGAAGCUUCAAUCACUGCCAGCAUCGAACCUUCACAGUACCGCCAUCGAAAAAGCCUCGCAGUUUUUUGGUCGAGUGAAGAACCGGUCUUCAACGAGCGCACCUAACAAUAUUUAUCUGAGUAAUCGGCCGAUAAUCAAUUAUUCCGCCGAUGGAGCAAAACAUAACCUGAAGUUUCUCUUUGUCUUACACCAUUACGAACAACUUACGAAGACCACAGAAAAUUUGUUCCAGUUAGCUGCGGUUGCGAAACAAAUUGGCCGUGUGAUUGUGGAACCUUUAGUUCGAGAUUCUAGAAUGUGUGGUUUGCCUUACGGUUGGUCAGGACAACCACGGACUGAGAGCCGAAGAUUUUAUCCUCUGGCGAUUUAUUUCGAUGUAAAAUUUAUGAACAAUUUGCUCAUAAAAUCUCACUAUGCACGGAUGGUAAAAUUGGAAACUUUUAAACGUGAGUGUCGAUCAAGCGUUGCAAACACUACAUUGUUACAUUUUAUGUUCAAUGAUCGCAAAAAAGACGAAAUGAAAAAGUGGUACAAGAUAUCGGCCAUGGUGUAUCGAAAGAUUGAAGGGGCCUUGAAAAAAUCCGGUUGGUGUGAAUGCAAUUUUAUUGAUCGUGGUCUCGAUUUUUCUGACAGAAUUGGUAAUUUUCAAGCUGGGAGGCAAAUUUGCAUAGAUGCCGAGAAAGUCAAGAGCCUUCAAUUAUUUGAAACUGAAAUUCUUAAAGGAGAUAAGUGCGUAGCUAUUAUUCAUUGGCGAGGACUUGGCAAGGACAGAAACCAUUUCAAACCGGAAGUGGAUCAGAGCAGCCGGAAGUUGGUAUAUUCGUUACCGUCAAGUGAACUCGUUAUUUCAAGAGCUAGGAAUAUCGUUGAUUCGAUUGGCGAGGAGUUUAUUUCGGUCCAUAUUCGCUCUGAACGUCAAAUACAGUGGUAUGGUUUUGAAAGAUUGUCACUAUGUCUCAAAACCUUAGUGGAAAAGGUUGGAGUGCUCAAGCAAAAGUACAAAAUCACGCAAGUUUUCCUUUCUUCGGAUUUUACUCGUUUUGGCUCGGACACCUUACAUUCGUUAACGGCGCAGAACGUUACACUGACCAACAAAAUAAAACAAAUGCAGAGGUUCUUAUCAAAAAGUUUAAAACCCACUACAUACAAUCCAAAAUCAGAUGAUCCAGUGGUUAUGGAUAGUGGUGUUGUUGCACUGACAGAAAAGAAUGUCCUAAUAGGGGGGUCACACCUAUUGACUAUUGGAUCUGGGACAUUUCAACAGUGGAUUGUUGAUGCUUUCAUAGAGAAGAAGUCGAGUGUUGACAAGCAGAACUACUGGACAGUCACAAGGAUUUGCCACAAAGCCGAAGACAGGAUGAAUAACAACUACAACCCUAGCUGAUUGUUACAAAAUUCUGUAACCAUGGUAACAGCAUAACUAACUUUAAUAUUGCUAAUAAGGUGGCUAGGUCGGUGUAGUUGGAUGAGAAAGGGGUACUUUGAAGCAGCAUUCUAAGUAACAAGACGUAACUGUCAAAUAAUUGCUUAAUCCUAAGAGGACAAAAACAAAGAUUAUUUCGGCAACCUUGGUCAAGUCAAAAUUCAAUAUUUUGCAAGCAUGCAUGGUAGUCACACGAUUAGGGUUGUUGUUUCUAAAUAUCUUUCCUGUUCAAUUACAAGUAUCGAUAUUUUCCUUACUUAUUUUCAUACUUUCACUUAACUUCUUCUGAACAAAGUUUUUUUGGAGGAUUUAGCACUUUCCUUCCAAAAAUCAACCUACUCCCUUAAAAAUACCCUCAUAUUAAUAAUUGUGUUUUCUGCAAAUUAUUUACAUAUUUAAAAGGACCGUUGAUAGCAUAUGACUCUUUUUCAACAUAAGAGAUCCCAGUAUCAUGAUAAGGGUAGUUUUGAGUUCAGAAUAAUAAAUUAUUACUUGUACUUCAAGAGUUAGUUUAAUCCAUCCUAGAGUAGAGAAACCAAAGUUCAUCACAUAUUCAGGGAUGUUAUAAAUUAAUUAUUGGUUUUAAGGGUCUGAACCUGAAUAUUACCACCCUACAAAUGCUAUCCCUUUUAAUAUUGCUGCAGCCUAUCAUAAAACACACAAUCAUUGCUACAAAGUACUAACAUUGUUAGUUAGAUCAUGGAUCAAACAAAAAAUUUAAAAAUUUCUUGUUUCAUUUCAGACUGCAUAAAUUGCAUACAGAUCUGUUUCUCAUGUCAGGUCGCUGAAAAGUAAAUUAUAAGAAGACGAAAAUUCUUAAUGGUAUGGACAGUGGGUUAGAUGUUUUCUUUCCUCCAUCUUGGGAGGGUAGAGAAUUAAGAGAAACAAAAAUAUUAAUAUUGCUAGAUAAUUCAAUUUUUUUCCUUAGGGAAUAGCUUUUAACACAGAAGGAAGUUUCAGAAGAAAAUUAUUUAUUUUUCAAAAAUUAACAAGAAGAGCAACUGGGACACAGAGUAAAUUAUAAAAAUAAAGACUGCAUAUAAUGUAAGAAAAUUUAUUUAACUUAAGAGAACUUUUCUGAAGUGCUUUUGAGAAGAGCAUCAAGCAAAACUAUGUCUGGAAAGAAGUAACUUAAAUAAAUGGAAAUUUACAAUAUUUUAUCAUAUUUCAGUAACAAUGCUUGAUUAAUCAGUCUGGGUGCAAGACCACAAGCCAUGGCAUGGUUGCCAGAGACACAACCUUUCAAAUUCCCUGGCUUUUCCCUGAUAAAAGUAAAAUUUCCCAGAUCAUAUCAGUGGUGGAUCCAGACCUUAAGCUAAGCGGGGGCCGGUGUUUUUUUUGCUUACCCUGUUGGCUUUUCUUCCUGUUGUGAUUUUUUUUUUACCAAAAAUAAGGGGGGGCCCUGGGCCCCUCCCCUAGAUCCGCCACUGCAUAUAAUAAUUGCAAAAUGUCAGUUAUAGCUGUCUUUUCCACCCAUUCUUUUAAGACUGAUAAGUUUCCAACAAUUUGCCUUCGUCAUUAUGAAAGAAAAACACUGAUGAGAUCAUAGUGACCUCAGAUGUUUCUUCCAGCCCUCAAUGGUAUUAAAUCA